AGCAUCUGUUCCAAAUCGUAAUCCUAUGCAGAACCAUCCGGCUUCCAUUAUCAUGAGGCAAGCCAUUUUACCGGAAUCCCAGUAAUGUCAUCGGACUCUUCGAAUCGAAGACAAAAGCGUACAUGUUGGGUUUGCGGUACUGUCAGGUGAGAGCAAUUUCGCGCUGGGCUCGUAGACCCUCGCUUUCACCACCGACUUCCAAUGAGUUUGGUUCCUGCAUCCGAUCUUUCACCGCAUCGAGUCCACUGUAUAGAAAGCAGGAACAGAAUGAGCACGAUGAAAUAAAGCCCCUUGAGGGGCCGACCGUUAGGUCAAAGGCCCGGCAGACCUUGCGAAGUGUUGGAUUAGCAGCGGCGAAGAAGAGGCAGAUCAUUCAGGAUAAGGGCGGCUUGCGGAUCAUUGAUCCCGAUAUUGAGACAAAGAAAGUAACAGCAUACUGCGCUGCCGAACAAUACAAUAUUGCCACGGCCGCUCGUCUCGUCGAGGCAGAUGGAUUCACCCUUGAUCCAUACAACACUGGCCUCUUCCCCCAGGUUGUUCACAUACAAACUCCGAUCUACGCUCCUACAUCUCAGCAGCAGCCCCAACCUCCAACAGAAAGAGAACAUGGGGAUCUUUUCAUCUUUCCUUCAGGUACCGUUGUUGCGUGGAAUGUUCCGGAGCGCGUAGCCCUUCGGCUUGUCGAACGUGUUCUUCCACCUGCAGCGCUCAAUUCUCAAAUCGGAAGUGUUGAACUUGAGAAAGAAGAUCUUGAGUACCUGGAGGCUCCUGAACAAGAACGGAGCUCUAUCGUUGGUGACACCAUUAUACUAGGUACGAAAUCUGAGUCGCUAUCACGACAGAAAUUGUUCAGCAAGUCGAACGAACCGGCCAGCACCGACGUAGAGGCAGACGAGUAUCCUGAGAAAGACACAAUACUGGCUAAGAUUGCUUUCUCCUCCGGUCUCGCCCGUAGCACCAAGCUUGCCGUCCUUGAGCGUCUGACCGAGGCCUAUGUUGUGUCCACCCGUAGCAUCCCAACGAUAAUGUCUAGAGGCACGCCACUGCCCUUUAACCGCCCAAUCUUCCUCCGAAAAAUUUGUGAGAAGCUUGGCUUUGGUUCUCGGCUUCCCUUCUCACGACCGUUCAUCCUUCGUAAAACCGGGGAGCUGCUAUCUAUUCGUGCUCAGCUAAAUCUAUACUCUGAGCUUACGGACAGUCUGCCUGACCUUUUUUGGGAUUCGCGCCACGAGCUCGGCUUGGAGAAUUAUUAUGAGCUUACGGGCAAGGCACUUGACGUCAACGUACGAAUAAAAGUUCUGAACGAGAAACUCGGGUAUGCACAGGAGAUUGCUAGCGUCCUAAGGGAGACGCUCAGCGAAAGACAUGAUUUGAGGCUGGAGUGGAUCAUCAUUUUGUUGAUCGCUAUCGAAGUGGUUUUUGAAUUUGGGAAGAUUAUAAAGGAAUGGAAUGAGAGGAGGGACUCGGAGAACCUAGAGGAGUUGGCCAGGCGUUGGUUGAAGGAGAAUGUGAAGUCCGAGAAAUAGAGAGGCAGGAAGCCUCUUGCAAAGCGCAAUACUUAAUCCUCACAGACCUCACCUCUCAGGUUUCGAGAUACCCUGUUAGACUCUGUAUAAAUACACCGCUUGUUCUGUACAAAAGAAAAAUGACAAUCUUGAUAGGCACGUUCUUACCCUGCUGGAAGGAUAGAUCAUAUAUCAGAAACUUCGUGUUCGGACGUACCCG